UGCUCUGACUGAGCCGCUGAGCGUCUUGCGUGGAACCAGAAACAGUUUUCUACUGCUCGUAGUUGAGGUGGACGCGUUUUCGUAGAGUUGCGACCACUAAGUUGCGACUGCUGUUAACAACUGUGUGGAGGAUAUAAUUAUAGAGGAUUAUUGUCAGUCAUUAAGGUAAACAAAUUGGAUAUUUCUCCAGUGAUUCCGGAGUGUAUGAAUACAUUUACAUAAACCAUCUGGUUAUCGGAUAAAAGAGGCGAGAGAGUGAUAAACUGAGAUUGUGAAGUACAUUGAAGUGCUUAGAGAAGCCCUUUGAAGUAUACAGAUAAUAUUGUCUGUAAUAAAUUAGCAGAAAGGAAAUCUAUGUAGCCUUCGGGAAUGUAUGAAUACAUUCACAUAGACCUUCUGGUUUUUUAAUAAAAGAGGUGAGAGACUGAUAAACAGAUUGUGAAGUGUAUUAGAGUGCUUAGUUAAACCUUUGAAGUAUAGAGAUAAUAUUGUCAGUUAUCAAUUAGCAGAGAGGAAAUCUGUGUAGCGUUCGGGAAUGUAUGAAUACAUUCGCACAAACCGUCGGGUUUUCGAACAGCAGAGCUGAGGGAAAUGGAGUGACCUAUUAUGUCCUCCAAGGAGAAGCAGAGUUCGAAACCUCCCUGGAAGAGAAAGAAGAAGACUGAGAAGGAAACCUGGAAAAACGGGAGAGUUUGAUCCCGAUGAUGAAAGCGGGCUUUGGAACGACCCACGUCUCCACCUUGAAGAUCUAUAUCAAUAACCUCGACGUCGAGGAUGUGAGGGAGGAGCCUCGCAUUCUCACUCCCGAGGAAGAGGAGAAGAAGCUUCUGGAGGAAGUGGAGGAGGAGGAGGAGAUAGUCGAGUGGGACUUCGUCAAGUGCCAGCCUCAGACCACCUGGUAUAUAUUCGAGGAGCCCCAGGCGCCAACAUGGCGAUUGUGGGGCGAGGAAAAAUCCGAAGGCGCCAUAUACACCGUGUACCUGAAGAAAGUCCGAUAUCACCACCCUUCGAGAAGCAUUACUCAGGAGUCUGACGAUGAUGAAAUCUCUCACUUGGAGUGGGAGACGGUUCGGGUGAAGUUCCUGAAGGCGGGGACCCUCGAGAAACUGAUCGAGUCCCUGGCCUCGGACAGUGGGGAACUGGAGUCGACCUUCGUGAAUGUUUUCCUGGCAACCUACCGCACCUUCUCCUCCACCAGACAAGUUCUCAACCUCAUCCUCGACCGCUACCUCGCCCUUGACUCAAGUAGUAAUAAGGUUAACGUUCAGAAGCAUCUGCGUGAAGACCACAAAAAAGCUCUCAGACUGACCCUACAAGUAUGGCUGGACGCUUACCCAGAGGACUUCAGAGAUCCCCCCAUGUUCUCCUGCCUACAGCAGCUGAGGGAGUUCACAAGGGUGCAUCUCCCUGGCUCAGACUUGCACAUCAAAGUGGGCUACAAGCUGGAGAAGAUGAGGAGGGAAGAAGAUAUCAAAGGGUCACCCAUGCUGGAGAGAAUAUUAUCCUGCGAAGAGAUAAGAGUGCAUUCCUCCUCCCCCAUGAAGAACGGUGACCAUCAGCCUUACGAAUUCCUGGAUAUCUCUGAGUCGACUUUCGCGCAGCAGCUAACUCGGAUGGACACUGUUCUCUUCAAGAAUGUAAUAGCCCAUCAGUGUUUAGGGUCAGUUUGGUCUCGGCGUGACCGGGGUCGAGGUGACUCUGCAGCUACUGUCACAGCCACGGUUGACCAGUUCAAUGCAGUGAGCUUCCGGGUACAGUCCACCAUCCUUGUAGACACAGAACUCAAGCCGUCACAAAGAGCAAGACUCAUAGUAAAAUGGAUUGACAUUGCUCAGGAAUUAAGAAUGCACAAAAACUUCUCCUCCCUCAAAGCAAUAAUUUCCGGACUACAGUCUAACCCCAUUUAUAGAUUAAAAAAGACUUGGGGAGCUGUGAUAAAGGACAAGGCUGAACUGUUUGAGGAGUUAGCUAGGAUAUUCAGUGAAGAGAAUAACCAACUCUACCAACGCGAGUUGCUAAUGAAGGAAGGCACAGCUAAGCAUGCAGAAACCGUACAUGCAAAUGACAGACAUCUUCACAAAGCACUGGAGAAAUUAGCUGUUAAUCCUUUGGCUGUGAGUUAUGGAACUAUUCCCUAUCUUGGCACAUUCCUGACUGAUCUCACUAUGAUAGAUACAGCUAUUCCAGACACUGUUGCAAAUGGGCUCAUCAACUUCGAUAAAAAAAGGAAGGAGUUUGAGGUUUUGGCACAGAUUCGGUUGCUGCAAGGUGCAGCAAAUGCAUACCAGAUGGAGAGAGACGAGAGAUUUGAACGAUGGUGGGACUCUGUAUUAGUUUUGGACGACAAAGAAGCCUGGAGACUUUCUUGUCAAAUUGAGCCUCAAGGAUCCUCAGCUCCUUCAUCUACAAGAGAAAGCAAAAUGAGGAAAAGAGCUCAGUUUGGUCACAGAAAGAACGACAGCAUUGCAAGCACAUCGAGUGGAUCCUCAAGUAGUCAGUUCUUCUUCGAUAAUGACUCCAUCAACACCCCGCUGAGUCAUAAUGAUUCUUGUUCUUUGGAAAGAAAGAUGUCCACAUCAUCAAGCAGCUCCUCUUUACCAUCACUGGAUGUGUCCGUAAAUUCUGGAGGUACCACUGCCUCAGGCCGUACACCUGAACGGCAGACAGGUACUCCCCAGCAAGUCCAGCAGCAACAGCCUACACCCUCACCUUACAUUACCCCUGAUUUCUACAUAAUCAGAGUUUCUAUAGAAAGCAGUGCUCAUGAAGUAGAUGGAGUUAACCUGUACAAGAGUAUCAUGCUCAGUAACUCUGAGCGAACGAUCUCUGUAAUAAGGAAAGCAAUGGAAAAGCAUGGGUUUGAAGGCAACCCAGAAGACUACACGUUGGCACAAUUUCUUCCUGAUGGUGAAAUGUUGUUGCCAGCUUCAGCUAAUGUAUAUUACGCUAUCAAUACUCAGUAUGACCUUAAUUUUGUCUUGAGGAGAAGGCGGCACGGUGAUGAGAACACCAUCAUUCGUCGAAAUCCAGCCAAGGAUCACAAAAUAAGAAAAAAGUUGCUGGUCACUUAAUAGUUACUGUACAUUUGAAGCAUACCUUCACUGGCAACUGUGAAUUCCAUCCACUUCCAAGGAUACUCUUCAUUCCUAGUCCUGUGCAGCCAACUUGUGUGAUUUGCCCCACUCUUCGUUCCACGUUGACUUACCAAAAUGUUCCGAAGCUUAGGAGACCCAUCUAUAUCUUCCUUUAUACUUUGUGAUACAACCUUUCCCAAAUGAGAAACUUGAACUUUGAAGGCUCCUCUGAAAAAGGAAAAGUGUAGUGUAAUGAUACAUGAAAUUGAAAAGGGCUGCUAUGUCACCGAGUGAGUUUUUAUGAACGAUGGAUGAAAAACUUUUUACGUAUACUCUCGACAUUUUUAUCCUUUCUAACGAUUUCAUGGAAUGGAAUUAAGCUUUUUUUUAUUUGCUAUUUAUUGAUAGUAAUUAAUACCCAAGUGUGUGUAAGGUGGUCAUCUUUAAGAACUUCAGUAUUGGUUGUAAAAAUUUGAAAUGACAGUGUGUUUUUCUUUUAUGUACGAAUGUAAUAAGUAUCUCAAGCAGUUCGUUAAUAAAGUACUCAACAUGUUAAGUGGGAGUUGUAAUCAUAGCUACUGGAGGAAUGUUGUCCACAUUUUACCUUGUUUUAUUAUAUAAUACUCAAAAUGGUUUGUUUCCAUAAGAUGUACUCUCAUUUUUAGACUUUGAAAAAGUUUCCAGCAAUAAGCUUUAAUUGUGGAUUCUGGAGAAAUUGUGUGAUUUGUGUUUUUCUACUUCCUCUCAAAGAGUAAACAACGAAUAUGUACAUUGACCACAUUCUUGAAUGUACUGUACUCUAUUUAUUUCUCUCUCGCACCAUUCUUUUAGCAUUAAGACCAUGAUGCCGUUGUCUUGAGUUAGAGUCCGAGGCUAAUUCAUGACAAACAACACGUGAUAUAGACUUAAACAUUUCCCAUUAUUUUGUGAUAAGAGAAAAAUGGGAGUAUUGUGCACAUUUAUAACAGUAUUUGAUCUAUGGUAAUUUCUCUCCUUUCAUCUCUUUCGAAAAAUGGUCGUUCAUACUGUACAAUCCGCCAGCCUUAAUGGCGUCCUUUUCUGGUAUAUUAUUUUGGUUUUUUGUCACCACUGAUAAUGCUCUCUCAAUGGUUGAUUACCUAACUCCAUUUUUCUAUUUCGCAUCAUUCAAGCCUACAUGAAUGAGUUUAGUACCUUGGUAGCAAAAAACCCAAGUAUAUUUAUACAGAAAUUUUAUUACCUUCUAUUUAGAUACAAAAAAACGUACUGAAAGUUGUUGACAGUUCAAAUUCUAUCCUUGUGAGAAUGUACAUAAUUUGUAGGUUAUGUUGUAUACUUGUAAAAACUCUCUGUUGUUACCUUUGUAAAUACAGUCUAUCAUUUCUAGACAAUUUGUAA